AUGUCAUCACAGGUCAUUACCCCCUCGUAUAACUGUGGUGUCAACAGCAUUGCAGUCAAUAAGAUCCACACUAACAGCCAGCAGAGCUCCAUGGCUGACUCAGACCUUACGAAGAGUGGGGGACCAGCCAGCAGGGGCCCCGAAUGCCGCUCGCCUCCGACUCCCAGAAUGGAGCUUCUAAGCCCAUCCAAGGUGAAGGACCGCUCUCAGAACGUCACAGAGAAGGUCACACAGGUACUUUCUUUGGAGUCUGACGUGCUGCCUGAAUACAAACUCCAGGUGCCAGAGACAACAUGGUGGAUCUUGCUUCACUACAGCCCCUUCAAGGCAUUUUGGGACUGGAUUAUUCUCCUCCUGGUCCUCUACACAGCUGUGUUCACUCCUUACUCGGCUGCCUUCCUCCUGGAUGAACACGGGGAUUUACGUCAAAGGAGUUGCGGCUACACAUGUGACCCCCUUAAUGUGGCGGACCUAUUAGUAGAUGUUCUGUUUAUUGUUGAUAUAGUCAUUAACCUUCGCACGACGUACGUGGACCAAAAUGACGAGGUGGUCACACAACCGAGCCGGAUUGCCAAGCACUAUAUCAAAGGCUGGUUCCCUAUUGAUCUGCUCGCAGCGAUUCCAUUUGACCUUCUCAUUUUCAGAUCUGGCUCUGAUGAACCAAAGAUGGCAACCUUAACAAGCCUGCUGAAAACAGCUCGGCUGCUGCGACUGGUCCGUGUGGCAAGAAAGCUGGACCGAUAUUCUGAAUAUGGGGCUGCCGUCCUCUUCUUGCUCAUGUGCACCUUUGUGCUCAUCGCCCAUUGGCUCGCCUGCAUUUGGUACGCUAUUGGCUUUGUGGAGAGGCCGUACACGGAGACUGGCUGGCUGGACAACCUGGCUGAACAGCUGGGCAAGUCGUACAACGACAGCGACUCCUCCUCCGGACCAUCAGUCAAGGACAAGUACGUCACCGCUCUUUACUUCACCUUGAGCAGUUUGACGAGCGUGGGGUUCGGUAACGUCUCUCCAAACACCAACUCAGAAAAGAUCUUCUCCAUCUGCGUCAUGGUCAUUGGCUCUCUCAUGUAUGCCAGCAUAUUUGGAAAUGUCUCAGCCAUCAUCCAGCGGCUAUACUCUGGUACGACCCGCUACCACACCCAGAUGUUGCGGGUCAAAGAGUUCAUCAGAUUCCACCAAAUCCCAGGCUGCCUUCGCCAAAGGCUGGAGGAGUACUUCCAGCAUGCCUGGUCCUACACAAAUGGCAUCGACAUGAAUGCUGUGCUGAAGGGAUUUCCAGAGUCUUUGCAGGCAGACAUCUGUUUGCACUUGAACAGAUCUCUGCUACAGAACAGCAAGGCUUUCCAUGGAGGCAGUCAAGCCUGUCUGCGUGCCUUGGGUAUGAGGUUUAAGACAGUCCAUGCUCCUCCAGGAGAUACUCUGAUCCACUACGGAGACAUGCUGGAUUCUCUCUUCUUCAUCUCACGCGGUUCCAUCCAGGUCAUCAGGGACGAUGUGGUGGUCGCCAUAUUAGAAAAGAAUGACAUCUUUGGAGAGCCCAUCCACCUGUAUGAUGAGCCGGGGAAGUCCAAUUCAGAUGUACUCACCAUCACCUACUGUGACCUGCACCGCAUCCUGAGGGACGACCUGCUGGAGGUCCUGGAUAUGUACCCCAGCUUUGCAGACAACUUCUGGAGGAACCUCGAGAUAACGUUUGACCUGAGAGAUGCUGAUCAAGUACCACCAAUAAUAACAACAACUGAUGAUUCUGGGGACGACUGUGGGUACCGCCACAAGCCGAGACACAGAAUCCACUCUCUGGACUGCCGAAUCAGGCCAGAUGGGAUCGAUCAUGAAGACUCGUACCCCCUUCAAUCCUGCCGUCAUCGUCACUCACCUACUCAAGCCCACUGGGAUGACCGCUGCAGCUGUGACACCCCGUGUUCCCAGUCAAGUGAAGACCUGGCUAAGCCUCACGCCCACGGUGCCAAAGUAGAGCUUUACCCUCCAGAAGAUUCCAGGAGGGACUACUCUCCCUCUGUAGUGCAGUUGCUCCCCCCAAGUGGCACCUCAGUAGGGAGGGACGCAGUGUAUGACCGCGGCCACCAAGAACAUUUUGGGCGUUACUUUAUCGAAAUUAAAUGGCUAAAUACUUUGACUACUGUCUUUAUAUUUUCCUCAGCUUCAUCACUGAAUGUGCCGGGCAUGUAUCGAUACUGGCCAGACCAACAGUCACAACAGUUUUCCAGUCGCGCCUGGAGAUCUUCCUCCGCCUGCAACUCACACCACCCACCACCAUUCACAGAAGAGCGGCCCAGUGAGCUGGAGUUGCGACUUGAGGUGUUACACUCACAGCUCAACAGACUGGAGACCCGCAUGACAGCCGACAUCAACGUCAUUCUCCAGCUUCUCCAGAGGCAGAUUGCUCCUGUACCUCCUGCUUACAGCACUGUAUCAUCCAGUACACUCCCUACUGACUCACCUGGCCUGUAUGGGACUGGCACACCAGUGCUGCACAGCAUGUACCCCAUUUCCCCCAUACAGAUGGACAGCCGGGCCCCAACACAGAGUUCUACCCAGACUGACCUUCAGUUCACCAAGAAGUCCCAGGAAUCACUGUCCAGCGGUAUCCAUGUGACUCUGGCAUCAGACGACACCUCGUUCAUGACUGUCACCCCCGAAACUGAGACACACACGGGGUUGACUCCUCAGCCGACCCAGCCAUCAGCUAAAUCCACUCUCAUGGAGAACCCCAGGCUGUGUGGUAGUCUCCGCUACCCCUCCCUGCCGGGAAACCUGGACAUCACCUCAGGACUGGCAGAGAUCCAGAAACACCUCUCAGACCCUGUGCUGCCUGUCACCUAAACACCUUCAGGAACAGAGUUAUCAUGGCAACCAGUGUGACCUUGAAAGUAGUGGUAAGCCCCUUUUACACUGGUUGUUCAAGGACUUUUACACUGUUACACCACUUCACCGUUCCGUUCUGUAUAAAAGGUACAAUCACGGAAUGAGGGGACAGAGUUGUCUCGCCCUAAAGCCAGCAGUGGAGGUAGUAACAGUGUCGAAUCAGUGUUUGUGUUUGAGGGACAGCCAGCAGGUGGGACUUCUGACAAGAUGUUAUGUGUGACCCUCAGCUGGAGAUGAAAAAAGCAGCUAGAAGCAGUUAGCAGCUAACUCAAAGAAGAACAGCAGUGGAAAUGUCCGCAAUCUGGGGAAAAAAUGAGAUGAGGGAGCUCAUUACCCUCAUAGCAAAGAACGAGAUCAGCCGCCAUAUAACGGGGACGGUAAAUGAUUGAUUACCAUGUUAUGCCAUUGUUAGUGUUUAUGAAGCGCUGCGGACACGAAAGUUAUGUCACAUUAGAGGCCAAAGCUGUUGAGUUAAAUGUCAAGCCGGUGAGCUUUUUGCAACUGGUAUGCAGCCUAAAAUCACACACUGGACCAGCAUGAUGCUGCAGUUGUUAAGUCCGUAAAAAUGGCAGUAACAAAGGGACUUCAUAGCGGCCUUUUGCGCAAUCUCUGUGUGAAAGGGGCUAUAGACUGCCAUAGCUUAAGUUAAAGACUUCUGGAAGGGGCCAUGAAACUGGUCCAAGAUUAAGCUAUCAAUACACAUACAGAUCCAGAUCAAGGAUUUCCAUUUCAUACAAUGCUGAGACAGGAUUACAUUUAUCAACACAAUUAUCACACUUUUUAAAGGACAUUGCUGAUAAGGCCUCUACAGUCAAAUUUUCUUUACAUCUCCUUAUGCUUUAUGUUUUAUUACUCCAUCCUGAUUCAGUAAAUUUUUGAGUGCCAUCCCCAAAGCUUAUUUUGACCAGGAGGAGUGACUUCCUGGAUUCUCCACUGGUUGCCUGACAACUACUUCUGGCCAAGAAAUUCUCCGUCAUUUGACACCCCAUAAAACCAUUCAACUGUUUCCCUAUUUUCAGUGUUUGUGCUAAGCUAAGAUAAGCUAAGAUAAACUAAUCUAGCACCUGCUGGCUGAGAGGCACAAGCACAAGAUUAUUGUCAAUCUUCCCAUCUAAUUCUCAAACAAAAAAAGACAACAGCAAAUAAGCAAUUCCCACAAUGUCAAUUUCCUGGCUGGUAUGAACUUUCAACGGAACUCCACCACAAAAACAUUUUGAUCUACUGAAUUUUGUUACAAAAGAACUGUGACAAAGGUAUGUACAUUGUUAAAUUCAUUGUUAAACCAAUAAUUUUGUCACUGCUCUCUGAUGCGCGACACUUUUUCUGUUGUCAACCUAUCACUGUGAUCUUUUUUGUAUUGUGUUUCAAAUUCAAUUAUUACCCGACGGAGGUGCUGCUUCACUUUUGUGAAAAUGAAUCAUGAACAAGUGAUUUUAUGACUUUAUGUUUAGCAAAUAAUCACACAUCAUGACGCCAUACUGAAACACCUACAAGUAGGAAAUAACUCCUGUUCCCUCCCACAUCUUCACAUCCCACCCCAGUCCGAGAUUCACAACAGGACUCAAUAUCACAACAGAACUCACAGCAUUCGUUAUACAAUGUCAGUGUUCUAGGCUGGUUGACAAAAAUUUAAGUUUCUCUCUAUUGUAGAGAUGGUGGAG